AUGGUUACCCUAACAUCAUCUUCUUCAACUCCAAAGACAUCUUUUGAUUUCAUGAAGAACAACAACAAUCACAGUCUCUAUGUCCCUUUCUCUACUCCUUCUUCUUCUUCUAAUUUGCGAAGCAAGGAAGAAGCUCUAGUCACAACCAAGAAGCUCAUGGAACCCUGCAAAACCUUAAGCAUUACUAUCAAUCCGAAAGAAGACCUUGUCGAUGAGACGAAAAUGGUGAAGAAAGCUCCUGAAGAUCCAGAGAUUGGCGUCUUUGGAGCUGAGAAGUACUUCAACGGAGACAUGGAUUCAGACCAGAGUUCUAGUGUUCUGUCUCUUACAAACCCAGAAGUCGAGAAGUUCACUAUCGAUACGAAGCAGAGCGCGAGGAAGUCGUCUACUGGAACUCCGAGCGUCCGCUCUGAAUCAAGCUGGAAUAGUCAGAGCGUGUUGCUUCAGAACAAGCUGGUGAAUAGCUGCAACAACAGUUCCUUGCAGGACAAGAAGAACAAUAGUGGUCAGAUUCAAAAAUAG